GAUCCCCACGAUUUGUACACCGGAGAACAGUUCUCCAAGGUCCUGAGUACGUUAACAGCUGUAAAUAAAGCUACUGAAGAUCAGCUGUCAGAAGGGCCAUGUUCACAUCUAUCGUCUCUUAGCUCUGCGGCUGGAAGUCCCCACCCUGACUCCGACGGCACAGCUUCUCAGUCAGCGAGGGUGUUAAGGAGGCAGUCCAAGCCUGUGGAGAUGACAGAGAAUGGCAGUCAUCAGCUGGUGGUAAAGGCCAGGUUCAAUUUUAAGCAGACCAAUGAGGAUGAACUCUCCGUUAACAAAGGAGACAUUAUUUAUGUCACCCGGGUUGAAGAAGGGGGCUGGUGGGAAGGGACCCUGAAUGGAAAAACAGGCUGGUUCCCAAGCAACUAUGUCAGAGAAAUCAAAUCCACCGAUAAGCCACUCUCUCCCAAAGCAUUAAAAGGACUUGAAAGCACUCAGCUGACAAAGAAUUAUUACCCUGUGGUGUUGCAAAAUAUUCUGGAAACAGAACGAGAUUAUGCGAAGGAACUACAGUCACUUCUGGGAACUUACUUAAGACCCCUCCAGUCUUAUGAUAAGCUCAGCGCUGUGGACAUCGCAUCAUUGCUGGGAAAUGUGGAAGAAAUCUCUGCAUUUCAGCAAACACUGAACCAAGCCUUGGAAGAAUUUGCAAAGCUCCCGGAGAACCAGCAGCGCGUGGGAGGCUGUUUCAUGAACCUGAUGCCCCAGUUCCGCUCCCUGUACCUGACGUACUGUGCUAACCACCCGUCGGCAGUCAGCGUCCUCACGCAACACAGUGAUGAGCUGGAGAAGUUCAUGGAGAGCCAGGGUGCGGCCAACCCUGGUAUCCUCAUCUUAACCACAAGCCUCAGCAAACCCUUCCUGAGGCUGGAUAAAUACGUGUCGCUGCUGCAGGAGCUGGAGCGGCACAUGGAGGAGGCGCAUGCAGAUCACGAAGAGGUUUUGAAAGCCAUCACAUCCUUCAAGUCCCUUGUGUUGCAAUGCCAAGAGCUGAGGAAGAGGAAGCAACUUGAGCUGCAGAUCCUUUCUGAAUCCAUCCAGCGCUGGGAAGGAGAGGACAUAAAAACGAUGGGAAACAUCAUCUACAUGUCCCAGGUUAUGGUACAGUGCGCGGGAAGCGAGGAGAAAGAAGAGCGAUAUUUCUUGUUGUUUUCAAAUGUUUUGCUGAUGCUGUCUGCAAGCCCACGGAUGAGUGGGUUCAUCUAUCAGGGAAAGCUGCCUUUGAUGGGAAUGACACUGACAAAACUGGAAGACGUUGAAGGGAAUGAGCACAUGUUUGAAAUUGCAGGGAACAUGAUGGAGCGGAUCACUGUGUCCUGCAGCACCAGCCAGGACUUGCACGAAUGGCUCGACCACUUGCAAAGACUGACCAAAGGGACGUGCAACACCAUAUCCAAAACGCAGUCCUGGAGUGCUCAUUCGACAUUUACUUCAGCUGCGCAGAUCCGUGGGCCUCUGGAACCCCCCAAAAUCCUUAAGCCCUGGAGUCUGAGCUGCCUCCGUCCUGCUCCUCCACUCAGACCAUCGGCAGCACUGAGUUACAAAGAGAGGAUGUCUUAUAUCUUAAAGGAUUCCAGCAAAAGUCCAAAAACAAUGAAGAAGUUUCUUCCAAAACGAAAAACUGAGAGAAAGCCAUCUGAUGAAGAGUUUGUAAUUCGGAAAAGUACUGCUGCACUGGAAGAAGAUGCUCAGAUCCUGAAGGUGAUCGAGGCAUACUGUACUGGGGCAGGCUUCCAGCAAGCGCUCGGCUCAGGCUCCCGUAAAGACUCCGUCCCCCAAGUCCUUCUUCCUGAGGAAGAAAAAAUCAUCGUAGAGGAAACACGAAGCAACGGCCAGACUGUCACAGAGGAGAAGAGCCUGGUUGACACGGUUUAUGCACUGAAAGAUGAAGUUAAGGAGCUGAAGCAGGAGAACAAAAGGAUGAAACAAUGUUUGGAGGAAGAGCUUAAAUCCAGGAAGGACUUGGAGAAGCUGGUUCGGAGACUGCUGAAACAAACGGAUGAGUGUGGCCGGGAGGACACGGCACGCAAGUCAUCCCUGAUCGCCUGAAUUCGGAGAGACGCUGCUAGCAGUGGUGUGUGACCUCAGGUGGUUUUUUUUGGAAGUGGAACUGAAUCUUUUGCCUCUUCUUGCUCCUUAUUUUGUUGGUUUUGAGAAUUUUGCUACCAAAAAAAAGGUCAUAGGGGAAAAAGAAUAGUUUUUUUUCCAUCCAGUAAGGAAAUAAACCAGAAACAAUCGAUCACAACUAAACCAGUAAGCAAGCGGUCCAUGAUUCACAAUUCAUCUGCAGCAACUAAUACCUCAUCAUACCCGCUACUGGGAGCAAAUACAAACUCUGCUAAUGAUUGCCACUCACAGAGGGGUUGGCAGCAGUUUCCUAGAGGAAGCUUAAGCACUUUUUAAUGCUUUCAUUCUUUUCAAAAGCGCCGGUACCUAUUUAUUGAAUGAAAACAUUACUGAGGUGGCAUUGAGCAGAA